GUUAUGUGGGUUGCUUUUAGAAAGAGUUUAGGUGGAGACGAUUGCCACCGAAGUCAUCCUUCGUUAUACUCCUUUUCAGAUUCAGAAUUUUGAUUUCAAUUUCCAUCAGCUGAAUUUCUGUGAAAUUAGGGUUUCUGAUCCCAAUUCCCAAUUACUCAAUCGUCUGUCGAUUUUAGCAGCUAUUAGAUUGUUCUUUGCUUUGAAUUUUGAUUCUUUCAUAAUAGUUGUUUCGUUCGGUGCAAUUUUUAGAAUUAUUGGUGAAAGAGGAUCGAAACAGUCAUGUUCUAUGGAACGGCAGUGUGGGAUCCAUGGCUAAUUGUUGCGCAGAUUGUGUGUUUUCAAUGUCUAUACUAUUUGACGCUGGGGAUAUUCAUGACAAUUCUUGUUGGAACUCGUGUUUCUCGAAUUAGUCUUGUAUAUUUCUUUGAUUAUGCCACUGUUACUGCUUCCACCGUCACAGGAUGGUGCGUCAUUGCUUCAUUCGUUCUUAGUUCACUUGCAGGAGCUGGCUUUUUGCUUUAUUUGAUUGAGAGGGCAAAGAAGUGCUUAGAUUUUUCAGCAACACUCUACAUCAUCCAUCUUGUAAUAUGUAUUAUCUAUGGAGGUUGGCCUUCUUCAAUAACAUGGUGGGUUGUGAAUGUUACUGGGCUUGCAGUGAUGGCAUUGUUAGGUGAAUACUUGUGCAUAAGACGUGAAUUACGCGAAAUUCCAAUUUCAAGAUUCCGAUCAAGGUCAGUCAGUGAGGAGAAGGCAAACGAAGACAUGGAUGAUCAAAUCCCUUUGUAUCGUGUGGACAAUAUGGCUUGAAAGAAUCCUAGGUGCUUUGAGGAUGUUUGACUGAGUUGAAGCGCAACAGCAAGAACAAUUGUCUUACUGAUUCUGUGAUGGUGCUUCCUGGUUUCCAAGGAGAUGAUCUUGGAUAAGCUUGUCAGCUUACAAGUCCGUCUUCUGAUCUGACAUCUCUUCAUAGAGGAGAUUUAUUUCCUUUGCUGCCAGCAGUGUCAUGUCAAAUGUCUUUGGACACCGAAGCAUAGAACAGGAAACAAGCUAUGCAGAGCUGUGCUUGGACAUUUUAUGUACAGCUUGAGGAGAUUUAGAAUGACUUAGCAAAUUCUAAUGGGACGACAGUGUUUAGCAAGGUAUAUGUAGAUUUUAAGCACUCAUAAAGCAUUUUGUUAUUCGAAGAUUUUAAUGUGACAUUGCAUGAUUGGUGUUGCAGUCAAUGUUCUUUCGUUGUUCUUC